UUGACAAAAAACAUAAAGGAAUUAGGGUUUCCCUGUAGCUUUGCUCAAAGGCAAAACCGUUCCUUCUUCCCAUCUCGCCCGGUGCGCUUCUGUCUUCCAACUUCCAGGGUAACGUCAAGAUGGCCGAUGUGGUUGCUCCACUGCCUAGUCACGAUCUCUCCGAGCCUGUUAUCGAUGUCAAGCUCUUCAAUCGAUGGCCCUAUGACGAUGUUCAGGUGAACGACAUAUCCUUGGCUGAUUACAUUGGUGUGGCUCCUGCCAAGCAUGCAACCUAUGUGCCUCACACUGCUGGGAGGUAUUCAGUGAAGCGUUUUAGGAAAGCGCAGUGUCCAAUAGUUGAGAGGCUUACCAACUCUCUUAUGAUGCACGGACGAAAUAAUGGGAAAAAGCUUAUGGCUGUGAGGAUUGUUAAGCAUGCAAUGGAAAUUAUCCACUUGCUCACUGAUCAAAAUCCCAUCCAAGUCAUUGUUGAUGCUGUGAUCAACAGUGGACCAAGAGAAGAUGCUACGCGUAUUGGAUCUGCCGGUGUUGUCAGACGUCAAGCUGUGGAUAUUUCUCCUCUGCGACGUGUGAAUCAGGCAAUUUAUCUGCUUACCACUGGAGCUCGUGAGGCUGCUUUCAGGAACAUUAAAACAAUUGCUGAAUGCUUGGCUGAUGAACUUAUCAAUGCUGCAAAGGGAUCAUCAAACAGCUAUGCCAUCAAGAAGAAGGAUGAGAUCGAGAGAGUUGCUAAGGCCAACCGUUGAGGAACGGAGAGUGGAAUGGUAUUUAGAGCUUUUGUUCAGUGGCUUUUUCCCUUGCCUGUUGCUUAUGAGUCUUCUGUUACUAUUGAACCUGAAGUGAAGAUAUGGCUGCUUAUUAGUUGUUGUUAAAGAGGUACUCUAUCAUUGGAAAUCAGAUUUUAUUGUCAGAAAGCGCAAUUUUCACUUUUCAAGUUAUAAUGUCAUAUGACUGGCUCCUCCAUAAAGUUUGGUUGCUUUACAUUAUUGAAUUAGAGUUUCACUA